AUGUUUGUAAAUUUUAGUGCCAUUAUGCUUCGUUUCUGUGAGCCAUUCUUGGAUGCAAAUAUGUCGAAAAAGGAUAAAGUUGAUCCUAAAUAUGUAUUUGACAGUAAUCGUUUGGAAUUGAGAGGACUGACUGUUCUACAUGCAUCAUCUGAAGAAAUCUCUAACUGGAUAAACAGAAUUAAUCCUGGGAAAGCUGAUGUCUCUGCAAAUAAUAGUGAUGGUGAAAAUCGAUUGCUACUAGUUCAGGCAGUAAAACAAAUGAGGUUUCUCUCCUUCAAAGUAAUAGACCAAUGUCAAGUUGUAGCCAGAAAGCCAAAUACCCGUUCAUUUGUUAAUGCUUCUUCAUGGCUGCCAGGGUGCUUAACUUGGGAUUACUAA